AUGCCCUGCAGCCGCGCACCGCCACCUCAGACCAGCACGCAGGGCCCCGCCGUUAUCGCCUGCUCAGGCUGCGAGAAUCUGACAUGCGGAAAGACCGAUGACGAUCAUCUGCACCUCCCCAACGGUUUAGACCUUACCGUGGCGAUCCUCGACGCCGCCGAGGCAGCCGGUGUCUUUCACGCCGUGCACAGCUCUAGCCCCAACCUCCGUCGCGACAAAAGGCCGCAUUGCCCUCGCUGGAUUUGGCUGUAA